CAGAAGACUGAUGGUGCUGAUGAUACAGUUUGAUGAGUUGGAUUGACUUGGAUCCAGUGACAAGUGACAACGAAUUUUCUAGACUUCUUACGAAACUCUCGUUGCAGUAAACUAGAUAAACAAUUAUCAAUUCAUGUGCUGAUAUGCAGAAAAAUCCCAAUAUUUCCUGUCUUGUCGGAGCAUCCGAUGAAAUUGCCAAACCAAUUGAUGUCGUCGUCAAAGUUUACAAGGACAAGAUAUUUAUCGUAGCGACGAGCUAUAAAAAACUCGGUACCCUGGUAUUGGUGACUCGAGGGGAAUGCCUCAAGGAAUUUGAUAGUGCGACGUACGACGUAACUCCCAUUUUUGGAGAAGGCCUAUCUGAGAGCUCUUCAAUCCUGGCCGCUGCUAAAUACAUAGCACAGUCCGUGGAUAUCGAUCGACCUCUCUUACUAUCACUUGCUCUUGGGGGCACUAAAAUUAAAAAAAAGCUAAACUUAAUCAUAGCUGCAAUUAAAAAAUUGAAAACCUGGUGAUUGCAUUUCUACUUUCCAAUAAUGUCGUUGGUAUUCGGACAAUUAGUGAUUGGCCCACCUGGAAGUGGAAAGACCACUUAUUGUAAUGCAAUGUGUAAUUUUCUUCGAAAUAUUGGGAGAAAAGUCGCCGUCGUUAACGUGGAUCCAGCAAAUGAGAAUAUGGAGUAUAAGGCAGCAGUUGACAUAUCUGAGCUCAUAAAACAUAACGAAGUAAUGGAGACAUACAAUUUAGGCCCCAAUGGCGCGCUCGUGUACUGCAUGGAAUUUCUCGAGAAAAAUGUCGACUGGUUGAUAAAAAAAGUCCUGGAAUUGAAGGAUCACUAUCUCAUCUUUGAUUGCCCCGGUCAGAUAGAGCUGUACACACAUCAUAAAUCAGUGGCAGCUAUCGCAGAGAGACUGGGACAGAAUUUAGUUAGACUCUGCAGUGUUCAGCUCAUUGAUUCUCAUCAUUGUAGUGAUCCUGGAAAAUAUCUGUCGUCUCUUGUACUUUGCACUACCACAAUGCUACAACUGGGCUUACCUCAUGUUAAUAUCAUGACCAAAUUGGAUCAGAUGAAGAAAUUCCGUGAUCGCCUAGCAUUCAACAUAGACUUUUAUACUGAAGUAUUAGACUUGAAUUAUUUACUUGAUAAACUCGACGAGGACCCCAUGACUGCCAAAUACAAAAAACUCAAUGCUGCAUUAGUAUCUCUGAUCGAAGACUACAGUCUUGUGACAUUUCUACCACUCGACAUCUCCAACCAGGGCCUUCUUCUCCAAGUGAAAAAUGCAAUUGACAAAGCGAAUGGAUAUAUUUAUGGAGGUAAUGAGCCACAGGAUGUGCAAACUCUACUCGCUUGCGCUGUAGGUGCUGUCAAUGAAAAUGAAAGAAUGUCUACUCUAGACACGUAUUUCCAUUGAGAGACGAAUACUUGCGCCAGAUCUUCAUAGUCGUACACACGUUUGAGGAAAGUGUCGACUAAUUUCAGCCCGGAGAUUGUCUAAAAUAAUUGCAAAGACGUAAUGAGUUUUUUUUUUAAUGUGAUCAAUGAUAACGGGAAAUUGAUACUGUCGACGUUAAUUCGUAUUAAUGAAGAUAAUGUAUUCCAUUUACUCACAAUUAAACCAGUUUGUAAGGGAAUGAGGCACAGAGGAAUAUCAGUGGAGGCUCCUGGUUUCAACGAUCCAAUUGUUAUAUCUGAUAUUCCACACCAGGCAACAGAACUAUUCGACUCUAAACUUAGUAAUAAAUCCAUGCUCCUCUCUCUGGAAAAAUAAAUCGAAGGGAACCGUUAGAACAGUAUUUAGAAACAUUUAUAUAUGAGGUGUUCCAUGCCAAAUGAGUCAACGGCUGACCCUCACCCUUUUGAAAAUUGAUCUCAAUAAUUACUACGAUUGGGGGACUAGAAAAACUAUUUCUCUAUUUUUUUCAGUUUUUUUCGACAGCCCAUUUCGGAGAUAUGAUUUUUUCUUUGUUUUCUCGUUUUUUUUUUCAAUAAUUCGGGUUCCAUUCAGUUGAUUGUAAUUCAUGACCGCUCAAAAUUUUUCA